AUGGAUCAUGUUACAGGAAGUGCACGCGAUAAUCAAGCAAAUGCACAAGAUAUUGAUAUUAUGCUUGAUGAAGGUGAAGUAUAUUCAGAAGAUGAGUUAAUUUCAACACAAUCACCAAUAUUCGUUCGCAUUAAAUGGAAUGAUCAAAAUUUAACUGAUUUACCGAAUGGUAAUGAUAGUCAAGGUAUUUGCUGUGUCAAUGGUUAUAAAAUGAAACUAGCUUAUUGUCCAGAUACGAAGCAUUUAUCAUCAUCAUUACUUUGGUGUUUUGAUGUCAAGCAUCAAACAGACAUUGGUCAAACGAGUAUUUCAAGAGAUCCAUUUAUUAAUCAGUCUUUUUUAAUUGAUAUAGGAAAACAAUUUGGGGAAACAUUAAAUACUGUUAUUGAAUCAUCACCAUCACCGCAAGAUAGAAACUAUUAUUACCAAUUAUACAAUGCAAUUCGUCAACAUGUACAACAAGUAUUUAAAAAGAAACAGACAAAAUUUGCUCAAGUAUCAAGAAUUGAUUUAUUCGAAUUACCAUUCAUGAUAUGGGGAUCUGUCUACGGUUUGAAAAUGGAAAAUAUGUAUCGAUCACAGCUUUCAGCAUUAAUUGAUUUCUAUCAUAAAUACAAACAAUUAAGUAAUGGAAAAAUUGCCACACAAAUAAUUAAUCAAAUGAUUAAUCGUGUUAUUAGCUAUGCGACCGAUAUUGUUGUAUCAAUCAGAUUAAACUUUUGGCCCGAAAACGUUCAACCAUUUCUUUUCCGUUUUAAAACGGCGAAACCGUUGUUGUACGAGCAAAUAAAGACUGUCUAUAUGCAUGUCGUGCCAAAAUGUGCCUACAACAAUACGGAUAUAAUUAAUCAGGAAUAUCACUUUCGUUAUUCCUUCUCAGUUGUUGAACAAGUUCUAGCAAAUUUACGUUCACCCAAUGAAAAACAGUUGUACACAUUGGCAAGAAAUAUUUAUUACAAAUAUUUAGCCGGUAAAACACCAACAGUAAAAUCCUAUUUUAUUAAGACAACUGUGCUAUGGAUGUGUGAAAAAAUUGACGAGCUAAGUAAUGAUAAACUUGAAUUAACAAUUCAAUGGAUUACUUAUGCAUCAGACAAGUUAAAGAUACAUAAUUGUGAACAUUACUUUAUGAAUGAGAUUAAUAUUUUAGAACAAUGUUCGAUUGAAGAUUUAAACACAGCUUAUGAAAUUUUAAUGAAUAUUGAUACGUCUAGUGAUCAUUAUGAAGAUAAUUCACUAAGUAAAAAAAGUUUUCAUACAAUUUAUGCAGAACUAAUCAAUCAAGGUAACGAAUGGGCUUGUAGUCUCGAUCCAGGAAUCAUUCUUCAAGCUGUUCAAAAUUGGGCAGAAAUGAAAAUUAAAUAUUUUUCAUCAUCACGCAAGAAAGCGUACAGUCAUCUAGAAGAAUGUUUAUUUUUACUAAAUUGUUUGGCGGUAUUAGACGGCAACGAGAAUAAAAAUAAUUUAUUACUAUUUAAAGAACAUUUUUUGAAUGAAAUUGAUCCAACUGAUGUUAAUGAAACUUUCUGGAAUAAUGUAAAUACAUUUAUACCGAGUGCUUACGUUCAUGGUCUGUUGUGUUUAGGAUAUACUUCAAAAUGGAUUAAUGAUAUAGUCACAAAUAAAGACCCAAUUGAAAAUGUAAAUAAAAUUCAUAUUACUUUAUUGACAAAAAUCAUUGACGUCGUUAAUCAAAAUCAUCUAUUUUCGAUAAAAACAUCAUUUGAUGGAUCUAUUAUCGAUGAUAAUAAUUCAUUUUCAUCAUCAAUUGCUCAAAUACUAAAAGUUGUCACAAGUGCACCAUUGGCUUAUAUAAAAGAGAUUUUCACUGCAAAACGUUCAGAAUCAACAACAACCGAUUCACAUUACGGUGAAUUAAAUGAUAUUGAUGAUAAUUUAAAGGAUGAGAAUGACAUGAUUUCCAUAGCAAUAGAACAAUCCUUAUAUGAAAAUAAUUAA